AUUCAUAGGAUUGUGAUUUCAAAAUAAAAAAAGCUUCAAUAUAUCACAUUUAAAUUUCAACGAAAACAUUCAACCUCGGUCUGAGUUACUGAGCUCAGGUAUAAAAAGAUACUUUUGAAACUAUGGCUAUAAAUUACAUAAAUGUUUUAAGGCGAAGGCCAGUAAUUACAUAGGCCAGUAAUGACAAAGGCCUUUACAUUAUAAACAAUUGAUACAUUUUUGGAUGACAUUAAAUAUUGUUUGCCACAAAAAUCCACCGAAGCGUUUAAAAAAACGUUCCCUCCUAAACGCAUUAAGAAACAUUGGUCUUGCAUUUUGCACUGAGCAUCAAGGACAUCAAAACUAAGGUGGAAAGUGAAGAGCAGCACCCCUAUCGAGCAGAUGUGUUUGCUCAAGCUGGAAUCCAAUCAGAGUCUCGGAGCAACAGGAGGCGCCUCCUCUCUUAAACAUCGUCACCAGUGAAGGGAGAACUUCCAUUCCUAAUGUUCUCCAAGACCUGCCACCACAUAACCGCUGGAUCCUGCGCACACCAAUGGCAAACCACCAGUAGUGCACCCUGCCUCUCCAUUUUCCUCGAGCUGUGAGAUAUAAAAGGGAUCCUGGAUGGACCUGGGUGAUAAUAGCUGGUCCAUGGUCAAACGCGAAGUGUCAAGCAGCAACCCAGGAUCUCCGACCGAGCAGAGCUACCUGAACACUGACCGGAGGGACCGGUUGAGAUCACCGGGGCCGGCUCACCUGGAAGCGGUGGGAAUUCGUCGCGCCGAGGGCAGGCCCUUACACUCCUACGGGCACUUUGGGCAUCCCAACAACGCCCUGCCCAAUUCAGACGACAUUACACUCUUUACGGACCUAGACCAAAGCAACAAACUCAUCAUCUCAGGUGUACACACCAGGGAGGCACACAAGGGAGGCCUAAUUGUGGAUCCCACCGACAUGUAUCAGACUCUGGCCAUCGCCGCGGCCCAGAGUCAGGCCGGGUAUAACGACUCCCCAUCGGCCGGUUAUAUGCACUCCAACCCUAAUUCGCCGGUAUAUGUUCCGACAUCUCGAGUUGGGACGAUGAUACCGAGUUUGUCGUAUCUACAACCCAGCGUGUCAUCGCAGCCGAGCCAUGCAGUCAGCAAUCAUUCGGUCUGGUCACAGUCCGCCCCGGAGAGCCCGUCUUACAGCACUGGAAGUCCACACACCUCCAACCGAUUCCACUACUCCCCUAGUCCUCCCAUGAAUAACGGCACAUCAAGGGACACCAGCUAUACCAAUCCACUGACUGUAAACAGUCGAGACCAGUAUCCAUUACGACCAAUAAGUGGAUCUUACACCAGUCCAUACUCUCCUUAUGCAACGCAGCUACCGCAGUUACCGGCGGCGUGGCCCGCGGGGCCCUUUGAGAACUCCAUGCUUCAUUCCCUGCAAUCCAGAAGCGCACCACUAUCCAUCAGAGGACCAAACGGAGAUUUUCUGGACGACAUGGUGGAGAGUCGCGAGUGCGUCAACUGCGGCGCGAUGUCCACCCCGCUGUGGAGACGCGACGGCACGGGUCACUUUCUCUGUAACGCCUGCGGUCUGUACAGCAAAAUGAAUGGACUCAGCCGACCAUUAAUUAAACCUCAGAAGCGUAUGUCAUCUUCAAGACGUAUUGGUCUAUCUUGCGCCAACUGCCAAACCAGCACUACAACCCUGUGGCGCAGAAACGCAGAGGGAGAGCCAGUGUGCAAUGCGUGUGGACUUUACACAAAAUUACACGGGGUCCCUCGACCCCUUGCCAUGAAGAAAGAAGGUAUUCAGACAAGGAAAAGAAAACCCAAAACCCUGAGCAAAACAAAGGGAUCAUCUGGAAGUAGUUCUGUCCCCAUGACUCCAACUUCCUCCUCAUCCUCUAAUUCAGAGGAGUGCACAAAGAACAGUCCUUCAUCAACGCAGGUGCCUGUAACAUCGGUAAACUCUUCAUCACUGGUGGGCCAAGUUGAUGUUCCAGGCACGACAGGCUCCAUGGUAAAAUACCCAGGCCAUGAGAGUCUCUACACGAAUGUAGGCUUGACGUCCACAGCUGACGUAGCAACCUCUGUGAGAGGGGACACUUGGUGCCCUAUGGCCUUGGCCUGAACCAUGGCAUUAUGGGACGAGAGCCAUGUGCCGUCCUUCAGCUCAUCUGAGCGUCACUUUUGCGUUGUCCUUAAAAUGGCUGGUUCUAGCAGGGUGCGGGGGUUGUCAUCCAUUUUUGGUGUGUUGACGAUCUUUAACCAGAGACCUGUUCCAAAUACUCCAAUGUUUGAUUCACCCAUGGAAUAAUCUGACUGGACGUCCAUAAUGGAGAUUUAUCAGCACCACCCUUUGCUAAAGGACAACACAAGGGAGAGAGUCAGCUUUAAAAUGGCUUCAGGCCAUACCCGCAUGAGCGUUGCUCAAAGGAGUAAGUGGAUCAAAAGUUAUUCUUUGAAGGUAGAAUUGUAUAUAUUAAUGCAAACGAAUACUUUGCCCAUCUGGAAAGUCAAUGUUUUUGACCAGAUUGCGCUGAUAUGAGGAGAAUAAAACGGUUGAUCUUUUAUGAAACUGGAAUUGAAGAUAAAGUAUCAAGGUCUUCUUGUUGAUGGAUACCAACAUAUUUAUAAAGCUACGGUUGUUCAGAUAAUGCAUUUAUUUGUCAAUAAAGAUAAUGUCAAAUAGAUUAGAACUGAAGCCUUUUGUUUUUAGCGUGAUGUCAUCACAGUGUGGAUGCCGCUCACUGCACACCUUCUUUAUGAAAAAAAAAGAAAAAGAAAAGAAAAAAGCUCUUAUCAGAUUGAACUGUUUUGUGAUGGUUUAAUACAGGGUAAAAAUCACAGGACCUCAUGUGAAGCUUGUAGUGUCUUGUUUGAUUACACGUAUUCCUAGAGAUUUAAAUGGUCUAAUCAAGAUAAUUAAUUCAUAGUUCAGAAAUAAUUCUGCACAGUUGUGGAUGUGCAGACCUGCAUGGACGAAAAAAUCUAAUUUGAAUAAAGAUUCAAUUUAAAGAGAAACUACAGUAAGCAUAAUUACAAUAUAUUUCUGUUAGAACAAACAGCACUCAGGAUUUUCUUUCUGAUGCAUUUUUUUUUUGUUACACUACAAAAACUACAAAAACUUUUUUGCUGCAAUACUUGGAGACAUAAGACUACCUAAGUUAUGACAUCGAUGUGCAAUUAUUUGCAACAUGCUGUUAUUUUUUUUUUACUUUUUUAACUUUUAGUAAUGUCCAUUCUGAAUCUUGCUUUCACAAUUUAUUAAAUGAUUUAGAAAGAAUAAUGUGUGUCAGAAUUCAGAAGAAAAAUUUCAAAGUAAUUAAAUGAGCAUCCAAACGAAUGUCUAAUGAGUUCAGUCCCAACUGUUCAUGAUUUACUGCAUCUGAGAUUUAACUUUGUAAUGGGGUUCGAACAAGCACCAGCCAUCUUUACAGAUUACUAAAAACAUCAAAUUAAUUCUGCUUUAGAGGAUUGAUGAUUUUUGGACAGUUUGACAAUCAUGUGUCACAGAGACAUUGUGUAAAUGACACAAGAAGAAUUUUGCUACGGUAAUGAUUUUCUGUCUUUAUAACCUCUACAAUUAUUUAUUUCUGCAAUGUAGUGUGUUUCUUAAAGGGUGUUUGUCUAUUUUAUUUGAAUUAACGUAUUUGUAUUUUAUGGUUGUGUUUUCUAGGCAUAAUUUUGAUCCCAGAAUUAUUCUACAUCUGAGUUUAAUUCAUUCAGUUUUUGUCUCAUUGAAAAUAUUUAAAGCAACUGUAGACCAAAUUGUCUUGUAUAUCAACACCCCCUCCAGUCUAAGGUUCGUAGUGAGAGAUUCUUUGUAUUCUUCACAUGAAUGUUUUUAUGAACCACUGGACGUAAUUUAACUGUACCAAAUGUACACAGUGUGUUUGGUCAUCAACAGCAUCAGUCAUACAGCAAUGUUCACGAUAAGAGUGUUAUCAAACUUUUGACUCUCAUUGCUGUUUUCCAGUGUACAAAGUAUUGAGAAGGACAUUAUUGGUAAAUGUAUUUUGUGUUAACUAUGUGAACCAAAUUCCGUUUUUUUUCUUAUUAGUUCUUUAACACUGGAACAAUAAAUAAGAGCCAUAACUAAA